AUGUCGGAACAGACAUCUCCCGCCAAGGCACCACCUCAAUCACGCGCUGCAACAAGGGGCAAGGAUGAAGUUCCUCGCAGUGCUGUCCGACGACGACGUCCACCACCACGUGGUCACCUCGACGACAUCGACUCGUCCGGCUCCUUUUGCUGGUGGUUCGCGCCCAUAUUCCUCUUCGCGUCCAUGGUCCUCCUGAACGCCUCCAUGACCUCGGUCGAACGCUUUCAAUACGUCACCUCGUACCCAUCCCGCUUCACGCUCCAAGGCUUUCCGAACGACCUCAAGGAGCUGCUCGUGUUCGUGGUACCGACGCAGGUCAAGACGCUGUACAAGCACAUUGAACAUGGGAGGGAUCCUCGGCAUUGGGACUUGCAGAGAUGGAUCGAUUGGGAAGAGAAAGUCGCUUGGAAGAGGUUGUUGGAGAAUGUGCAUCCCGCGGGCACGGCGGAGGGGUGUGUCGUCGCCAGUCCGAGCAGAGAGUCGCCCGAUUACUGGUCAGUCAGCUCGGUGCGCAUGAUCUAAAACCGGCACCGCAACUAAGGCUGGCUCGGGGAAUCGCAGGUACGAAUGGACUCGAGACUCGGCACUCGUCAUGCGGAACCUCGUACAGGCCUACACCAAGGCUGGCGUGACCAAGCACCGUAAAGCGAUCGACGAAUACAUCCGAGCGACUCGCAUCAUUCAGUCCGAGCAGACCACGAUCGGAGGUUUCUACGACGGCGGAUUGGGUGACGUCAAGUACCAUGUCGAUCAUGAACCCUUUCUUGGGGAAUGGUGAGUUCGCUUACAUCUCGGGCCAUGGCGGCGCAUUCAGCUCACAAUUUUCUCCGGGCGUUAAUUUCCGUCAGGGGUCGACCUCAAAACGAUGGUCCGGCUUUGAGGGUCAUCACGUUGGCCGAGUUUGCGCUCCAUCAACUCGAUCAGGGUACAGAACAGGAGAUUGGGUUCGUCAAGACGGUGUUAUACGACUCUGUGCUCCCCACCAAGGUCGGUCACGCACCUGCUCCUCAGGCUGAGAACGAUGCAAAAUCCUAACCCCUUCGCCUCACCACAGUCCGUCAUCAAAGGCGAUCUCGAGCACAUCUCCAACAGGUGGUCCCACGCCGGCUUUGAUUUAUGGGAGGAGGUCUCAGGCUCGCAUUUCUACACCUUGCUCGCGAUCCACCGCGCUCUGAUCGUCGGCGCCGACCUCGCCCAACGACUCGACGACCCCAAAGCUGCAUCGUACUACCUUCAACAAGCUGACGAGAUCAGUCGAGUCUUGGAAGAAUUCUGGUCACCCGAAAAGGGCUUGAUCCGCGUUUCGCUCAACCAAUCGACGGGGAGGGAUAGCGAAGAGAAUGCUCAUCGAGGCGAUGCGGCCUAUGGCAAAGAGAGCGAAUUGGAUUCGGCGAUUCUUUUGGCCGUAUUGCAUUCCGGUCAAGGAACGGGAUGGAAUGAGGAGAAUGACAAGGUCUUGUCGACUUUGGAGAAGCUGGUCGAGGUGUUCAAGCCGAUCUAUCCGAUCAAUGAGCGAACAAAAUCCGCUUCGGCGUUGGGUCGAUAUCCCGAGGAUCGCUACGGUACGUUUCCAUCUCCAUUUGUGAGGCCAGAGUUGAAGAGGAUGUAUUGAUCAAGUCUGGUAUGAAUGCGCAUAGAUGGCUUGGGUCUCUCCGUCGGUCAUCCUUGGUACCUGUGCACGCUCGCCGCUUCCGAAAUCCUCUACAAAAACUCCCUCCAACUCUCGACCUCUCACAAACCCCUUCUCAUCACCUCAACGAAUCACGCCCAUUACGCACGUUUCAUACCUCUUCCCCCGUCCGAAAAAAUGAGCAAGGAUGGGCUGACGAUCAAGGCGGGCGCGAGGGCGAUUCAGGAGAUCGCGAGGGGACAGAUCAAGUGGGGGGAUGAGUUUGUGGGGAUCGUUCAGGAGUAUGCGAGGAGGAAUGGGAGCUUGAAUGAGCAGUUCAAUAGGUGGGUAUCUGUGCUGGGGUUCGGUGUCUGGGAGUAGGGAGGGGUCCGAUGGCCAUUGUGCUGACAACGAUGGCAACGUCUUGAUCGCUCAGGUAUACGGGGGAAGGUCGAGGGGCAAGGGACCUGACGUGAGUUGUUGUGCCUCUAGCGACAUCGCCUGAUACGUAUGCUUGAUCUGACAUGUGCUCUACAUUAUUACGCAGAUGGUCGUACGCGGCGUUCAUCACCGCGUCACAAGCGAGGAGGGAAGCCAAACAAGCUCUAGAGUCGGGUCUCUGA